AUGAUAUAUUGUAAGAAGGCCCAGGUCUUUUCAAUAAGGUGGAAGGAACAACAAUAUAAGCCGACCUUCACCGAUGUCAUUGAUUGUUCACAGUCCCCUUCCAUUGAUCCUACCAAAGUUAUGAUGGGAAAAAGAAUCCAUGUAUUUAUUUAUCUAAAAACCUCAAAUGAUAUUCAUUAUAUUUCAUUGACAAAACAUCAUGAGUUGAUUAUUCUAAUAUUCUUUGUGUUGUACCUAAAAUAUUGUCAUACUGUAGACGAUAAAAGUAGUUUACAAACAAAUAAUGAUUUAACAUUAAAUCCGGGUUAUCCCGAUGCAUCUAUUAUUUGCAACCAUCCAUCAUCCUCUCACUGUCGACUUCCAUCCUUUUCCUCACUUCUUUCCUGGACACCUGAAACAUCAUCAUCCAUAGAUCACUGUUCACCCUCUACUUUUUGUCAAACACAACAACAACCUUUACCUUCCAUUUCUUCGACGAUCUACAAUACUUCCAUGGAUACAAGACGCACGAAAAAAACAAAAUUGUUGUCAAGAAAAUCAUCCGUCACUUUCAAACCUUAUCAAGUCGAUGAUCUAACAUCAGUCAAACCUAGAUGGCAAGAAACUGAACGGAAGAAUUUAUUAAAGGCCAUUGUCAAGGAAAAACAAUUGGAUGACAUGACCUCGUUUUCUUGGGAUCGUAUUUCUCUAGCUGUUGGAAGGGCAAAAAAGGCUUGUAAGGAUCAAUGGCGACGUGAAGUCUUACCUGCUUUGUUGGACAAGUUGAAAUAGAAACUAUCACCUUUUUUUUUUUUUUCUUUCUUUCUUUCUGGACCCUACACACAUACACAUUAUUAGGACAUUGUGUGAAACAAACAAAGAUUCAUUUAUUCAUUGUUUUCUUUUUUUUUUUAUUUUUUUAUUAUACAUAUUCAUAUACAAAAUAAAAAAAGAGAUUCAAAAUAAACAGAUACUAGUCUAAAGAAUU